AUGAGUGGACUGAGCUAUAUUGUUUUGUAUUGCCUGAAAGGGUUGGAGCCAUUCCAGUCUUGUUUAAUUUGCAAUUCAACUGUCGCUAUUAUUAAAAGUGGAAAUUUAAAACGGCAUUAUGAAACUAUUCAUAAAGAUUUUCAUACAAAAUGUCCUCCAUGCAGUGAAAUGCGUAAAAAUAAGCUCCAUGCGUGUAUGUUAUCUUACAAAAAUAGUACGAGUACACUUAUACGGUGUAUGAGUGAACAAGAGAAAUCGACUGAAGCAGCGUUGCGUGUGUGCUGGGUUCUUAAUGAGCACCAAAAACCGUUUUCCGAUUCCGAAAUAAUAUUCCUUUGUCGGCAAGGAUCAACACAAGAAGGACAGAAAUGUUGGCAGCCGAAAACAAAAAAAAGCUUAUUUGAACUUUUACACAAGUCACCUUGCUACUGCAUUGCGCUUGAUGAAUCUUGUGUCUUAGUUGAUUCUGAACACAUGUCAAUUUUCGUGCGAUUCUUUGACAUUGAAAAUAAAGUAUUUAGAGAAGAGUUACUAGCAAUAUUGACAUUUCAAGGCAAGACUCGUGGAGAAUAUUUAUUUAAGAGUUUUGAUGACUUCAUGAAAAAAUCAAAUUUGAGUUAUAAUAAAAUUGUGUCAAUUUCCACUGAUGGAGCUCCAGCGAUGAUUAAACUCAGUGCUACACUGAAAGACGUUAUGGACGGUUUGAUCAAGUUAAAAAAUUUUAUCAGGUCGCGUUCUUCUCUCCAACACAGACAGUUCAAAGAGUUUCUGAGUCAAUGUGGUUCGGCUUAUUCAGAUUUACUACAACACAAUCAUGUUCGUUGGCCCAGUAAAGGUAGAGUAGUUGAAUGUUUUUGGAACAUUAAAGAAGAAGUAAAAACAUUCCUAAAAAAUGUAGAUACUGAAGAAGCAAAGAAGCAUUCGGAGUUCUUAGAAAACAAUCGAAAUAUAGUUGCAAUGGCUUUCUUAAAUGACAUUUUGAAAUAUUUAAAUACGCUUAAUGUCGAAUUACAAGGAGAAGGGAAAUUAAUAUUGAUUUAA